GUCCUGCCCUCUGACGCGAGAGGUAUUUAUGGCUGCGCGCGAAAGGCUUCCUUGUUCAAGCGAGCGCGCGGGAAUAGCGGGGGUUGUGCGCGUGGACAGAAAUUGGCGGUUGGCUUUUACCGGCUCGCAUACUUUGUGCAAACAAGACUGCCUAAAGUGGACGAAUGAAUUCCAGAGUGAAGCAGAAGGCUGAAGUAGACAAAUCUUUAGCUGCAAAGGCUUCUACAUGUAAUUCAAAUGGCACAUUCCAGAGACAGACCCUUAAGAUGAUACAGCCAUCAAUUACAGGAUGUCUUGUCGGUAGGGCAAAUGAGCAGGUCCAAUCAUCAACCAAGGGGAAAUUCCGGAGUGAGCAGUCUAUCCCAAACAUUUCAAAACCUGCUUCUGCAACAGCAUUGGAACACAGAACCACUAAAAAUGUCAUCCAAGCUUCUGACCUCAUGGUAAAAGGCAAUCCUUCAUCUGUGUAUUGGAAGGAGUUGGCUGAAGAGAGGAGGAAAGCUCUAUAUGAAGUGUUGCAAGAAAAUGAAAAGCUGCACAAAGAAAUUGAACUCAAAGAUAGUGAAAUUGUUCGUCUCAAGGAAGAAAAUGAAGAGCUUGCUGAGCUGGCGGGCCAUGUGCAAUAUAUGGCAAACUUGAUUGAGCGACUAACUGAACAGGCACCAGAAAGCUUUGAGACUCUGAAAAAUCUAGACCUGGAGGAAACUGUAGAUGAAGAUGAAGUUCCUCCUACAGAAGAGGAUUUGGAUGGUGAUUCUGAACAGGAACGUUCAUCGAUCUCUUCUACAGAUCUACAUUCGUAUGAAACCAGCAGUCCUUAAAAUUGAGGCUGGUUGUGUUCAGUCAGUGCUUCAGGGAGAAUAAACUGCCAGAGAUCAGUUGGGUAGGACGGGAAUGAAAUCCUGUGAAAACUGAUAAUUUAAGAGCCAAAGUAUAAACUGUGGCAAGUAAUUUGUACAAAUGCAAGUAACUGUAUCCUGUCUAAACUGUUGGACUGUAUCUGGCCCCUUGUAUAAACUGGAAAUACUAUGUAUUUUAUCUUGUAAAUAGAUGUUUUCAUGUAUUAUACAUUUUAUGUAACUGCCAAAUAAACUUAAUUAUCUCAUCUGCACUUAAACUUA